AUGCAUUACGAGCUCUAUUCUUUUAUUUUUGCUGUCUUCUGGACGCUUACAAUCGUUCAUGGACAAACUAGCAUCUGUUGGUCAAAUCCCUGUCGAUAUGGUGGUACAUGUCUGGAAAUAAAUGGCAAUACAGAUUACGUUUGUUAUUGUCCACCAAACCUUCCAGUAGGUGGUAAAAAUUGUGAUCAAGUGACUACAAUAACAACAACACUUCCAACAACUCCAGCAGCAGUAUCAUCAUGUUCAUCAAAUCCAUGUCUCAACGGUGCUACUUGCAGUAUAUCACCAUUCACUAAUUCAUAUGUUUGUACUUGUAAUGAUUUUACAUAUGGAUCACGAUGCGAAAAUUUAAAUCGAUGCCUCACACAACCUUCACCUUGCCAAAAUAAUGGUGUAUGUGUUUCUGGUUUAAAUUCUGCUUAUUCUUGUUCAUGUACUCCACAAUAUACCGGAACUUAUUGUGAAACAUUCAUUCAACCAAUAUCUAUUUGUGCAUCAGCACCUUGUUUGAACGGGGGAACAUGUCUAGCAUUGAAUGAUAAUACAGUUUUCUAUUGUCAAUGUCCAGCCGGAUUUUCAGGUUCAAGAUGUGUUUGUUCUCCAUCACCAUGUAGAAAUGGUGGCACUUGUUUGGAAAUUAAUAAUGCACCAUACUGUCAUUGUUUGUCAUCAUAUACAGGUGCAACAUGUGAACAAAUCAUAAGUAAAAGUGAUUCUUUAGAAAUCAAACUUAUGCUUCGAUUUAUAUCUAUAGAUAAUAAUAUGUGUAUUUCAACGCCCAAUAUCUGUCGAAACGGUGGAACAUGUCAAUCAGUUGGAUCCAACGGAUUUAGUUGUAAAUGUAUGCCUGGAUAUACAGGAGUAAAUUGUGAAACAGUUAUUGCUGUUAAUUUAUGUUUACAAGCAAAUCCUGCAUGUUUAAAUGGGGGAGUAUGUCAACCAGUUGGAUCAAACGGAUUUCGUUGUGAAUGUGUGCCUGGAUAUACCGGAAUAAACUGUGAAACGGCUACUACUCCUAAUUUAUGUUUACAAGGAAAUCCUGCAUGUUUAAAUGGGGGAGUUUGUACUUUAUCUGGAAAUGCAUAUAGAUGUUCCUGUCCGACUGGUUUUACAGGUCAAUAUUGUGAAACUGCAGUAACAGCAAAUACUCCUUGCAAUCCUUCACCCUGCAGGAAUGGCGCAACAUGUCAACUAGUUGGAUCAAACGGAUUUCGUUGUCAAUGUAUGCCUGGAUAUACCGGAAUAAACUGUGAAACGGCUACUACUACUAAUUUAUGUUUACAAGGAAAUCCUGCAUGUACAUGCGGUGUUUCGGGAAAUAGUUAUACUUGUACAUGUGCUCCUGGUUAUACAGGAAAUACAUGUGAAUUAGAUAUGCGACCAGCUGUUUGUGAACUAAAUUGUUCGCCGGGUUAUUGUUUUGCUAAUUCAGCUAGUCCAUCAGCUUUUGCUUGCUUUUGUCCGGAUAAUACAAUACAUUUGAAAACAUGUGCUCGUUGA